AUGCUUAUGUGGACUCGUGAUUUACUCCCCGAUGGCGUCCCAAGUCAAGCUUCCCACUGCUGGGGAAGCCCUCCGCAAAGUGUAGAGAAGAUCACCCGCAUUGCGCAAGACUAUUCAUACACUUCGACCGUCGCCCUCCGAUACUGGCUGCGGACUGCAGCCACUCUGACGCAAGAGGCGCAAAUUUACGAACGCGAGGGACACGAUGAGCAAGCCUACCUCCUCCUCUUCCGACACGCCCAGCUAGUCCUGGUACACCUAUCCAAACACCCCGAUGCCCAGAAGAAUGGAAAAGACCGCCAACUCCUUCUCCAAGCCGAGAAAGAAGUUGAGAAGAAUCUUGCCAAGUUGGAAGCCCUCAAACCGCGGAUAAACAAACGUUACGAACGGUACACGCAGCUGAUGCGCGAGCGUCAGUCCCGGAAGCUCUCUUCAGAAUCCAACACACUCCCCGAAUCUCGCGAGCGACCCGCUGAUCCCGCCCUGGCUGGGGUCGCACAGCCGUUAGAAGCAGGUGAGAACCGCGAUCUUGCGGUUCGACUUGCGCACUCGGAGCUCAACCGUAGAGCUACGGUUCGCAGUCGGCGUGCGGCUGGUGAUUGGGGUGACUGGGAGAAUGCCUAUAAAAAGGAGCCGCAGUCCUCUGACCAGGAUCUGAGCCAGCGAAUUCAGAACAUUAGAAUUAACCUGGAUAAUAAGGGCCCCGCCAAUCAGUCGCAACAUCGGUCGCAGCCUACUCCGCGUGAUUCAUCCUCUACCGCGGAAUCGACAUAUAAGUACCCCAGUGUACCGAGGCAGAAGCCAUUGGAGGCUGCCAUUCCCCCUGCACAGAUCGCCAUUCGAGAUAAUAAUGCCGAACGCCAUACGCCCCCAGUAUUACCUCCGAAGCAACGUAUCGAGCCUAGUCAGGCUUUGCUUGUGGAUGGUGCGAUGGGUUCGAAGCUUUCAUUGUCAUCCCGUUCAUCAAAGGUUUCCCAAGGGCCUCAGUUGCCAGAGAAAGUUCGAAUACCUGAAGAUACUCCACCGGCAAACCCAGAUCUGGAUCCCUCCAGCUACACUUUCAAGCCAUCGGCCUACUUGGAAAACGGUACUCCCUUUGCGCUCGCUGCCAACACCAAGAACAAUCUUGAAACCUGUGGUAUCUUGUGUGGUACCCUAGUCUCUAAUGCACUAUUUAUCUCGCGGCUGGUAAUUCCGGAGCAGAUUGCCACGUCUGAUACAUGCGAGACAACCAAUGAGUCCGCACUCUUCGACUACUGUGACUCGGAAGACUUGAUCAUGCUCGGCUGGAUUCACACCCACCCAACCCAGACAUGUUUCAUGAGCUCUCGAGAUCUCCACACCCACUCUGGCUACCAGGUCAUGCUCCCCGAGAGCAUUGCCAUUGUCUGCGCGCCCAGUAAGAACCCAGACUGGGGCGUGUUUCGUCUGACCGAUCCUCCAGGCCUGAAGACGGUUUUGAACUGUACUCAGACGGGUUUAUUCCACCCGCAUGCCGAGGAAAACAUUUACACGGGGGCAUUACGACCGGGUCACGUCUUUGAAGUCAAUGGACUGGAGUACGAGACUGUGGAUUUGCGGCCCAAGGGGCAGAAUUGA